AUGUAUCCAUCGCACCGAAUUCCGCCCAUACCUGAAACGAUAUGGGAAGCAGUCCGUGACGUAUUAGUAUUUCUAGCCUGGUCCGUGUGGUAUAUUUGCGAAUCGUUGUUUUUGACCAUUUUACCAGAUAGCCUGAGACCAGGAGUCAAUUUAAAAGACAAAGUCGUACUCAUCACAGGUGGUAGUGGCGGAGUUGGCAGACAGCUCGCCAAGGAGUUUGCCAAGAAAGGCUCUAAAGUCGUCUUGUGGGAUAUAAACAAGACAGGAUUAGAAGAGACCGUUGAAUCUUUGGCACAUGAGGAUACAAAGUGCAAACUAACGUUUGCGAUGUUACUGAUCGAGAAGCA